AUGAAGUUCUCCAACUCCGCCGCCUUGGCUUUUGCUGCCACCACCAUUGCCGCCCCUUCCACUCCUACCUUGCAGGAGAAGCCGCGUGCGGUCCAGGCCGGCUGCGCUUCAGCUGUCACCCUCGACGCCAGCACCAACGUGUGGAAGAAGUACACGCUCCACGCCAACAAGUUCUACCGGACCGAGGUUGAGGCGGCCGUCGCGGCCAUUUCGGACUCGAGCCUGGCAGCAAAGGCCGCCAAGGUGGCCAACGUCGGCAGCUUCCUCUGGCUGGACUCAAUCGAAAACAUUGGCAAGCUGGAGCCGGCGCUCGAGGACGUCCCCUGCGACCACAUCCUGGGCUUGGUCAUUUACGACUUGCCCGGCCGUGACUGCGCUGCCAAGGCCUCCAACGGCGAGUUGGCGGUUGGCGAGCUUAGUAGGUAUAAGACUGAGUAUAUCGAUGCCAUCGUCAAGAUCCUCAAGGCGCAUCCCAAGACCGCCUUCGCGCUCGUCAUCGAGCCCGACUCACUCCCCAACCUCGUCACCAACUCGGACCUGCAGACCUGCAAGGACUCCGCGUCCGGCUACCGCGACGGCGUCGCCUAUGCCCUCAGGAACCUCAACCUUCCCAACGUCGUCAUGUACAUUGACGCGGGCCACGGCGGCUGGCUCGGGUGGGACGCAAACCUCAAGCCCGGAGCGCAGGAGUUGGCCAAGGCCUACAAGGCCGCGGGAUCCCCCAAGCAGGUCCGCGGCAUCGCUACCAACGUUGCUGGGUGGAAUCAAUGGGACCUCACCCCCGGCGAAUUCUCCAAAGCCUCGGACGCCAAGUACAACAAGUGCCAAAACGAAAAGCUCUACCUCGACAACUUUGGCCCCGCCCUCAAGUCCGCCGGCAUGCCCAACCACGCCAUCGUCGACACGGGCCGCAACGGCGUCUCCGGUCUGCGCCAGGAGUGGGGCAACUGGUGCAACGUCAACGGCGCCGGCUUUGGCGUUCGCCCGACUUCUUCCACGGGUCACGACCUCGCUGACGCUUUCGUCUGGGUCAAGCCGGGUGGUGAGUCCGAUGGUACUAGCGAUAGCAGUGCCACUAGGUACGAUAGCUUCUGCGGGAAGAGCGAUGCGUAUCAACCUAGUCCAGAGGCGGGAUCGUGGAACCAGGAUUACUUUGAGAUGCUUGUGAAAAAUGCUAAGCCUUCUUUCUAA